AUGAAAAAAACAUAUCAAUCAAUGCUUGAUAAACUUGCUAAUGAUCCCACAAUCCAAAAGGAAAUAGCACUUGGCCAGCGUAUUGGUUUUUAUAAUAUUUGUGAAGAAAUUGGCUCAGGAAAUUUUUCGAAAGUUAAUCUUGGCAUACAUUCCUUAACAAAUGAAAAAGUUGCAAUGAAAAUUAUGGAUAAAUCUGCGAUGAAUGAAAAGGCGAAAAAAUUAUUAGCAAAUGAGAUAAAAACAAUGGAACAACUUCAUCAUCCAAAUAUCAUUCGUCUUUUUGAAUGUGUGGAAGCAACACCACGAAUAUAUCUCAUAAUGGAAUAUGCCGGUCAUGGUGAACUUUAUUCCUAUAUUCAUCAUCGAGGAAAACUACCUGAAAAUGAUUGUAAGCUAAUAUUUGCUCAAAUUAUUUCCGCUAUUUCAUAUAUGCAUUCCAAAAAUAUCAUUCACCGUGAUAUAAAAGCAGAAAAUGUAUUGUUAUCGAAGCCCGAUUUGAUAAAAUUAGCCGAUUUUGGUUUUGCCUGUCAGGUGAAUCCAGGUGAUAUGCUAACAACAUUUUGUGGCUCACCGGCAUAUGCUGCACCUGAGCUUUUCAAAAAUAGCAAAUAUUAUGGACGAAGUGUUGAUAUUUGGGCAAUUGGUGUAUUACUAUAUUUUAUGCUUGUUGGCAAUACACCAUUUCGUGGUGAAACAUUUCAUAAUUUAAAACUGUGUAUAUUACGUGGUACCUAUGCGUUACCCAAUUACUUAAGUGUAGCAGCUCAACGUGUAAUUAGCCAAAUGCUUGUUAUUGAUCCAGUGAAACGGACUACCAUUGAUGAUAUAAAGAAUUGUAAUUUCCUAAAGGAAUGUAAAUUUACCAAACCAUACAUACAGUUUAAUAUGAUAAUGGAUGAAAAUGAAGUAUUAGAAGCAAAGAAUCCAUUAAUGGUUCAAGUACGAAAUAAACUACAAUUUUAUGGCAUUAAUGAUACAAUUAUUCAUGAGAAUUUAACAAAAGGAAUUGAUAAUUCUGUUAUCGGAAUAUAUCGUAUUGUAGUUCAUCAAGUACAACAAGAUUUUAAUUAUAAACAACAACAAAAUCAAAUUCGAUACGAUCGUGUGAUGAUAAGACGAGGGAAAUCAUUAUCAGUACUAAAUAUGGAAAGUAAAACUUGCUCAAUCCUAUAA